UGCCGUAUCGGCAGCGAGCUGCGAGCAGGGACGGUGCGAGACAUCCCGGGAGAAGCUGGCAGAAAGGAAAAGAGGAAAAGAGCCCGGCCCCAGGGACGCACCGCUCCGUCGCUCCGCAGAGGCCGCCAGAGCUGCUGGAAGUGAUGGAGUCCCAGCACGGGGGGGUCCCAGCCCAAGGAUACAUACUUCUUAACAUUCCAUAACGCCGGCCGACUCCAUAUGGGCAUAUGAAGAAGUAUGUAGGGUUGGGAGGGAGAGGCAGCGGGCACGGGGCUGCUGCUGGAGGCAGCCCCAGCCCACAGGGGCUCACAGCACAGCCUCCAACCUGCCAGGUGUGCUCCUUCCCUUCCCCAUCUCCACUGAUCAGCACCGACACCAAUGGGAUCCACCUGCAGCCAAGCGCUCGUUAACCCCACUCGUUAACCCACCCCAGGUCCUGCCAGGGCCUCCUCCUUCCCACAGCUGUGCUGGGUUCUGGUGCACACCCACAGCCCCCCCAGCACCCCACGGUGCCAACGCAGCGUUUGCACUGCACUGCAGAUAGGGACAGGGCUGGGGGCACAGCACCUCCCUGCACCCCCCUCCAUUGCAGGGCCAGGAGCGUGCAGGAGCCCUCAUCCCCCACGGCCCCUCCUGGCACAGCAGGCAGGGCAGGCCGAGGGCACCUUUCCCAGUGGGGGAAUUAGUGGGUGUCUGUGGGGCUGGACACCACAGCAGGGGAUGGGGGGACUCAUGAGGCCCAGCACAGUGUGACCACGGCCAAGGUACGAUGCUGGGAGGGACAAACAUGACACCAGCCGGGCUGCGCCAUGACCCCCAUGACCUUCCUACCGCUAACCUCAGAGCUGGAGCGCUGCACGGGAACGCAGGGACCGACCCUGUGGGGCCGGGGGGGCACCCAGCGCGGCCGUGACUCAGCGCCCCAUGUGCUGCAGCUCUGCAGGAGCCAGAGGUGGCCAAGGCAGCACAGAGCCCGGGGGUGCUCCGAUCCCCCCCCAUUGCCAUGGGGCUGUGCCCAGAGUCACGGGCACCAUGGGGACGUGGCUCCCAAGGGCCGGGUCCCCGCGCUGGUGGCCUCCAGAGCAGCAGCCCGGUGCCCUAUAAGAAUUCUGAGGGCGUCCCGGGGCCGUGCUGCAGGGAUGUCCCUGCUUCACCCCUUUGGCUUUUCCGGCCCUGGGCUGUGCUGCAGGGGUCUCGUGGGAGCUGUGAGCCCAGGGCUCUGCCCGCAGCUGAGCCCCCUCCAUCAGCGUGUGGGCUGGGGGCUGCCGCAUCCCGGACAGGUCAGCUCAGGCCGCCCCCCGGGCACAUCUCCCAGCACUGCGGUGGCGGUGUCCCCUCACCCUGGGGACACACAUGGCUCCAUCCCACGGCUCAGCCCCACAGCCUCCGGCCAGGCUCUCACAGUGACCUUGGAGAGCAGCACCCAGCACCGCACUCACCCCAAAGCCCCCGUGUCCAUACCUGCACCAGGAGCAGCUCUGGGCACAGGGGCAAAUGGGCUGGCAGGGGGAGGCAGCGGCACGGGGGGGAAGAAGAGGGGGGGGUUCUGGGGCUGCCCGCCGUGUCCCACAUCCUCACACAGCACCGACCAGCCCCGGCCUGGCUAUAAAAGGAAGCGUCUUUUUUCCACGCCGUGCCCCAACCGCGUGCCCGGUGGUGGUGGCUUCGCCAAGUGUCACCGCUCAGCAUUGGAUCGGCCAGUGCAUCAGCCCCACAGCAACCGGGGGGUGGGCACGCUGCCACCUGGGGGGUCCCCACCCUCAUCUUUGGCCGUGGAGAAUCUCGGGGCCCGCGCUGCCCCAGUGCUGCGCCAUGCGCAGGGCUGAGAGUUGGGCAUCCCCUCCUAUCCUAUCCCAUCCCAUCCCAUCCCGCUGCACCGGGCAUCCCCGCACCGCAUGCUCGGGGGUACCCCCAGCCCCCCCAGGGUCACCCCCGCUCCUCCGCCUGCCCGACACCUGAGGACCCCCCCGCAGCCCGGGGCCGUUCCCUCCCCGCUGUCAGCAGCGGAGCCGCGGUGCCGCGAGCGGCGGCCGCGUCCCCACCCGCGCGGUUCUUCCUUCCAGCGGCUCUCGCUGAAGGUUAAACGCCGGCG